AUUUUAGCCAAAUUCAUUUGUAACUUUUUGAAAUAUUUUGCAGACACAGAGAGAAAGAAGGAAGAGAGCACAUGCACCGACCAACUUCACUGGCAAAGGUGAAUGCCGUCAUGCCAUUUGGGUGCCUUGCCCUGCGAGAUGGGCGGACUUAUGAUAGCAUAUCUGAUGUCACAGACAAAUAUGAGAUUGGACAGGUCCUCCGAGCGAAGGAGUUCUGCGAGCUGUGCCUGGCAAAGGACAGACAAACAGACAAGGUGUUUGUCUGCAAGAAAUUCCUCAAGAAAGACGGCAGGAAAGUCCGCAAGGCUGCCAAGAACGAAAUCAUGAUCCUGAAAUUGGUCAACCACCCCAACAUCCUUCAGCUGAUAGAUACAUUCGAGACCCGGAAAGAAUACUUCAUCAUCCAGGAACUUGCCACAGGAGGAGAUGUAUUUGACUGGAUUCUGGAUCAAGGGAAUUACACAGAGAGAGAUGCCUCCAAUGUCAUCAGACAAGUCCUUGAGGCUGUGGCGUACUUACACUCCCUCAACAUAGUUCAUAGGAACCUAAAGCUGGAAAACCUGAUGUACUACACAGAAAACAACCACCAGAAAGUAGUCCUACGAGAUUUCUACCUGUCCAGAUUUGAGAAUGGACCCAUCACAGAGCCUUGUGGAACACCAGAAUACCUGGCGCCUGAAGUAGUGGCUCGUCACCGAUAUGGGCGUCCUGUGGACUGCUGGGCUGUGGGCGUCAUUAUGUUCAUACUCUUAUCAGGUAAUCCUCCUUUUUAUGAUGAAACAGAGGAGGAGAACACGGAUCUACAUAAUCGCAUCAUCUUCUGUCGCAUUGUUGCUGGCGACUUUGAGUUUGAUUCUCCAUACUGGGAUGACAUUUCACCUGCAGCCAAGGAGCUUGUCUGUCGACUCAUGGAGGUGGAUCAGAUGCUGAGAAUCACAGCACAAGACGCACUUUGGCAUGAAUGGAUUGCAGGGAAUGGUGCAUCAGAAAAGAACCUGAAAGAUGGUGUGUGCGCCCAGUUUGAGAAGAACUUUGCAAAGGCCAAAUGGCGGGAGUUGAAGAAAGCGAUCCGUGUUACUACCUUCAUGCAACGACUGAAGAAUUCAGAGGCACUGAUUGACAGUUCAGCUGAAGCACAGGGCAGUGAGGAGGUGGGAGAUGGGGAAGGGUGUGUGUCGCAGGGGACAAGUGAUGAGGGAGAAAAAGGGGCGAGUGAUGGAGGAGUGACGUCAAGUAGCGUGUCUUUAGAGGUAACUGUUGAAAAUAGACCAGCAGGUAUUGACCAGGAUGGAGAAAAGAAGGAGGAGGCGAAGAUGGGCAUAGGCCCAUCUGUAAGAAUUUCCCCAUCAGAUAAUCUGGAUUCUCUCUGCCAAUCAAAUGCAGCCCCCAAACUUGCACAAGAGGAGCCUGAUAAGCUCUGUGCAAAGAAAGCAGCAGGUGAUGGAACCAGGAAAAUAGCUGCCAAUUUGGGUCAAAAUAAAGUUUCUUCAGAAUCCACACCGACCCCGGUGGUGACCCCUAAACCCACCAAGUUGACAGAUGAUAUUUCAGGUACUAAACAUCCAUCCACCUCCCCUGAUCCUAGCAGCAAGCGUAAAAUGGCUGCAACACUCCAUGGGCCUCCACCCACAGCCUCUGCUGCUUCAGGAGCCUCCCCUGAGAAGAGGCCAGCAGCCACGCAGAAAGAGCAGAAGGAUGAAAAUGAUGGAAGUUGGUGUCAGACCCAGCUACCUGAGGCAGUGGCAGAGAGGUCAGUGGGAGCAUCGGUCACUCCAGCGAUUGGGCCUGGAGCUGGAGUGGAUGCAGGUCCAGGAGUUAGUUUAAGGGGUGAUGCUAGCCCUGUCAUUAGAGGGGAUAUGGAUGCCAGGAAAACAGACAGAUAUAGUGCUGAGUUUAGCAUAGCCAGGGCAGGUCCUGCAACGGGACAGGGUUGUUAUACAGUAGGCAGCUCUGCUAGUUUGGGCCGUCAUGCCACACCAUACAACCCAGAAGUUGCACCUGUAGGCAUGGGGAUAGCAGGGAGCUAUGGGAGUCCAUACAGUUCUCUGUAUACAUCUGGAGGAGGGAUAGGGAUGUACGGGACUGGGCUGCACCCUGGAGCAGGUGGAAGUAGCACCACAUGCGACUGGCAAAUGGACAGUGUGAUUGAGCAGAUAGAGAAGCAAAUGGCUGCUGUUCUGGAGAAGAUUGAAGGAGACAUGCCCUCGCUGCUGGAGCAAAUCAGUGACUGCCCUCCUGAACCACCACGUGCACGAAGCACACAUGCCUCACCCGCCACCUCCCGUGCACGCCCCUCACAACACUCCUCAUCUGAGAGCUCAGCCACUCCUCCACCUCUUCCUACCUCUCCCAGGCCUGCAUUGCCUUCUCUCCCUCGCCUUACUAUCCCUCCUCCAUCCUAUCCCCCACCCUCCCCACCUACACAAGCCUCACCCCAGGCCAUGGGAGAGCAGGAGGACAGGGAUGGACAGAGGGGUGCUCGUUCCAACCAGUCGCCCAGAGCUGGGAUGGGCAGGGGGCUAUGA